AUGAAAAAUAAUUUCUAUCAAAGUUACGGAGCCCCUGCCUACACACAAAAUACUUUGAAUUUUACAACAGUUCAGACUGCUGAUCUGGACUAGCUUCGUACUUCCAGAGAGAACUAAAACACUAUUAUAUAGGGAGUGAAAGGUAAUUCACUUGCUCCCCCUACUGCUAACACUAAAAAUAAUCAGUUAUAAAGAAAAACUCAUAUAAUUAAUCCCUUGCCUGAACUUCUUCAUGCAAAGCCUAACCCAGUGCAAAGUGAAAUCAACUGUGGAAGCAGCGCUCGAUAGCAAACUACUCAUGCAAUCGAAGACGAUCAUCUUGAUGAAGAUGAAGACAUUCUUAAUAACUAAUGGAAUGUGCUCAAUACGAUGCAGACAUCCAAUUCUAAGAAGGAUUACUUUCAAAAUCCAGAAAUGCAUCUUGAGAAAAUUAAAAUUAACCCAGUCUAAUCUCAGAAUCCUAUUUAAUUUUAAUCAGCUUAGCCUCUUAAUCUGCAGCAUUAUAACUAGUAAAUUAAUGGGCCAUUUAGUUUGACUCAGGUCACUGACUUUUAAAAUCUUAAUAACCCCAUCUACAACAAUAAGAUAGAAAUAUCCCCAGCCAAGUAAAUCUCAUUCAGAGACUUUGACAGUGUUAGAUCGGGAGAAAUCGGCUAUAAUUACAUUAAGAUCUCUCCAAAGCAAUAGCAAUACACCAAUGUUAAUUUUCAAGACUAUGAACAACUAAGCUUGAAUAUGUACAACUAAGGGAUUACUAAGCUAAAUCAAUCUAUGUAUCACAAUGACAAAAAGUUCACUUAAGACAUAGCAGAAUUCAUUGGUGAAUAUCAACGCAAGCUAAGACCUCUAAGCAAGGAUAAGUAGCUUAAAAGAAAAUUCUACAAUGUCAAUUCAUCCUUUGACUAGGCAUCUGUUGAUUUCAAGCGAAGAAUUAUGGGUAAAUUUUAAGAGCAUUCUCUGAGGGAAAAUAAGUUUCAGAAUUUUCAUAAUUUACUCUCUAGAAUCACAAAGAUUGAUCGAUCAAGGGUCUCUAACAACAAUGACUUCUCAAAUACAAUCAUUUCAAGGAAUAUGCAGUUGCAGGAAACAGAAAAAUCAAAUGUAAGCAAAGUCAAUAGAUCUAUCGAAAGGAACGUAAAGAUCUAAAAUGUCUAGCGGCUGAGGUAGUCAAUGGAUUCAAGACUCAAUAUCCGCAGGAAUAAUACCAAGAGAUUUAAUCUUGAUUUCAAUAACUAAAAGAGUCAGCAGUUUGUUCAUCAACAAUAACUUCAAGAUUCCUUGUAGGUUAAAAAAUUUCAAAAGCAGCACUAAAGAAUACAGUAAAAAGUAUAAAUUAGAUCAGGUGAAAAAUCUCUUAUGCAAGAAGAAGUAGCUAUUGAUCUGUCAUUGUUCAACAAAUAAAAAAACGUUUUCGACAAAACUAAGUUUAAUUCGGCUAAGCUAGGUGGAUAAACAUACAUACUAAGCCAACAAGAAAGUUUUCCUGGAAUAUAAGAGUUUCAGAUUAAGAGUCUUCCAAAUAAGCAAAUUGUUGGUCAGAAGAGAGACCAAAACACUCAAGGAGGGGACACAGCAAGUUUAAAUAUGAGUAAAGUACUCUCUAAAAGUCUAAAUACAUCCUAAAGAAUGAGAUCUGUUCAUUCUUAGCAUUCAAGAUCAUCUCACUGUAAAGGUAAGGCUCUGCCAAAUUAUUAAAAUGCAAGACUUAUAAUUGAUGAUAAUACCUUAAAGUAAGGUGUUGUAAACGCUAAAAGAGACCAGAACACAAGUCCUCCAUCUCAAGCUAGAAUCGGAACUCAAGAUCGCAGUAUGCUUAGAGAACAGAGCGUUUCAUAUUAACAUACAACUGCUAUGAGAUUGUCAGCAACUCCUUAAUACCUAUAAGGAGGGUAGUAUGACUAGGAUAGAAUAGUUUAUCAAGAUUCGCCUUUAAGUGCUAAACUAGAUAACAUUUAUGGAAGUGAUACAUCAGUUAAGAAGUUUAGAAUAAAUGCAUAGUUAACUAUGCCUCUAAAUCAUUUGGACUCUAAAUGA